AUGGGCAAGCACAAGUCUUCUUUGAAGGCUUGGUGCCACCGUCUCAUCCCGCUCUUGCUCCUCGCUCUUGCGGUCAAUAUCUGCCAGGCUCGUGGCAGAGACCACAAGAAGCGAGACGAUCUCACCGGAUCACUCGCCUCAACCGCUCCCACCGACGGAACCAGUCUUUCUAUCUCCACCUCUGAACUCCAAGAAGGUCGCGUUGUCACUCGCAUCGUGACCACCUCAAUUCUCAUCACGCUUCCCUGUGGCGCCUCUGAGGGUUCUUAUUCCUUCAGUUCCGACCUGGUCACCACCCAGUCCUCUUCCCACUACCUCAACACGACUAGAGGUUCUGGAACCAGCCUGAUUCAAUCCUCGAACUCUACAAUCGUCCACUCUGCUUCCUCUUCUAGCUUUACCAACUGGAACACGACUGCGGUCAAUCAUGGGUCCUCGUCGACUGUUCUGAACUGGAACUCUACAAUUGCUGGUCCAGUCGAGUCUUUGUUGUCCUCUGAAUCCUCCUUCCAGAGUCACCAGCCAACUGUCUCGGCAGCGACAACAACUGAGACCGGAAAUCGCGAUCUGCCUGAGCCCUUUACCAAAUCACCCUCCACCUCUCAGAAGAGUCAGAAUGGUAGCUCAAGUGACAUUGCCCCCACCUCUUCGAUGCAGACAUCUUUGUCCGAAGGUGGUACAGCCCAGACCUCUGGUGCCACCACAGGCCCUGACCAUUCCCCAGCGUCGACCAUCAGUCCCCGACCAUCUCAAUCGUCCAGCAGCAUCUCCAGUGGCUCUGUCUCUAUCGAGACUUCAAUCUCAGAUGUGACUACUACCACCGAUGUACCUCAAACAUCUCCCUCUGGCACUGAUCACGAUGCUGAGACUUCAUCCAUGUCGGGAUCUGUUUCCAGCGGUGGCAGCGCUCACGCAACGACCACUUCCGUAUCUACGAUAGAGAAUGAUCAGCAGUCUACCUUAGUUCCCAUCGUUUCUACCGAGGAAGAUUGGAAGUCAACCAAGAAGGGUGAUGAUGACGAUUCCAAGACAUCUACAAAGAAGGGCAACGAUGAUGAUGACGACAAAUCUACCAACGCAUCCCCGGGCAGCACACAAAAGAGCACCGUGUCCUCUACACACCAUGCCUCUUCUACUCAGCACUCUGCUACGCCGACCUCAACUGCUGCUCCAGGGAGCAGUGGAUCGAAUGGCCCUAGUUCCACGGUCACAUCUUCUACCUCUUCAGAGGGUGGAGAUCUCACGACUUUCUACUUGACUGCCACGAUCAAGCCGCCCGAAGGUGUCCAACCUUGGACAUGGCUCACUUGGACGUCUACCGAGGUCACCAAGACAACGACUCGUGAUGGUCAGGCCUGGCCGACAAUCUUCCCCGCAUGGUCUUGCAUCGGAGGACAGCUUCUAUGUCAUCCGAAGUGCCUUAUUCCUUUCCUCUUUUGCGAUCUCCCAGCCCUCAAUCUUCCGGGCCCGCUCGGUUUCCCUUGGGCCAAGCCGCCUCCCAAGAAGCCGAAGGGUAAGCCUCGCAAAGUCAGGAAGGAUGACCCUACCGAUCCCGAAGAUCCCGAGGACGAUGAAUCAGAGCCAUCCGAGACACCCACUUCCUCGUCUGAAGCCUCCUGCACAGCAACCACCACCGUCUACCCCGACUGCAACCAGGGAUGUACCGCCAGCCCUAUUGUCGGUUCCGACUCGUCUACAAGCUUCACCACCAGUUGUAACACGGCCACCUGCAGACCCUCUAUAGUCUGCAGCACCACGGUUGAAACUACCACAACGACGACCAUCAAAACUGUGUCCGCAACCUCAACAGAGAGCUACUGCGGCGGCGUUGACUCGAGCUGCCAGAACUGCAAGGAUAAGAGAUCAGGGCUUUCGAAACGUUCCCAAUUCGUCGAGUGGAAUCCUAAGCCAGAUCCUGAGAUUCUCGGCGGACCUGACGGACUCACGAACUUUGCGACCUGGCCUGCGGGUAAACAAAACUGGUUUGACCGCGCUUGGAAGUACUUGGCUCACUACUGCGAUGGUCUGGAUCAUUGGAGACCUCUUGGGGACUUCGUUGACGGCACAAAGAAGCUGGUCGGUUACUCUACAAUGCAUGCCGAUGUCUGGGGAGACCAGCCUAUGAUGGGAGGUACCGGACCACUCUGGGGUUGUAGCGGAAUCAUCAUCAUUACGAAGAGAGGCAUCUACACCAGUCACGUCUGGGAGGUUCCCAACUUCUGGAACCAAGGAUUCGGGCAGUACGACAUUGAUAAGGAGUUCCGAGAGGGCGUUCUCGAGUUUCUAGAGACCGGCUCAGGUGAUCGCCCUGGCGACGGGGAAUUUGUCUUGCAGCCGAACAGACCUAACAGACUGACAAACCCUCCGCCUCCUAGACCUGGCAACCCGAUGCCUGAUCCUGAAGACGGCACCAGAGGUCAGUUCCAAACACCAUAUCCUGGAAUCAUGCAACUCAAGGAGACGACCCCGAUCUUCGACAAUAUUCCCGAGGACACUCUCCAAGUCAUUUUCAUCUACCCACUUACUGGCGGACAAUGGAGCAACCCUGUACCCCCGAACUAUCCCGACUACUUGCCGCCUAGACAUCCCGAGCGGCUCCAGCAAUGGAAAGACUGGGUCUCCAACCACCUUGGCUUUCCCGCGGACAAGUUCACCAAUGUGGGAUACCAUAAAGGCCCUGGUUACUGGCCCAAUGCGGACGAGAACUAUCCGAUGGACAACUACGUCCCACCCUAUGGCCUCAUCUGGUGGCAGUAUCAUCCAGCCCAUGUCGUGGAGGUGCUUCCUGAUGGCACGCAGAUCCGCAAGCCUACCAUCAAGGUCUAUUGGGAGACCUGGCCGGUCUACGAGUUCUCCUGGUGUCCCCCGGGCACUGAGCUGAAGCGUGACGAGAAUGGAAGUGAGUCAUGCCCGAUGCCCGCCGCUCCUGCAAAGUCGUCCGCCGCGGCUUCCAGUGGCUCAGCUUCGGCUUCCGGUUCCGUUCCCGCUUCCGCGUCUGCCUCAGCUGGCUCCCCUGGUAGUCAGUCCUCUGGUCAAGUUUCGAUGUCUGGGCCUUUUGGUAGUCAGUCCCCUGGUGGUCAGUCUUCCGGUCGGUCCUUGAUGUCUGGUUCCCCUGUCAGCAACUCUCCUUCUUCCAAGAGCAAGGUUGUCGUCUGGGUCACCGCCACUGCCGAAGUCACCGUCACCAACGACAUCGGUGUCACCCUGACUGUCAUGCCCUCGGCCGCCGCUCCAACCUCUACGGCCGAGAUCUGGCGCAUCGCCCGCAUCACCCAGGACAUUGCUUUGGGUGAUGGCACUUCGAAUCACACUGCGACAGUCAGUAUUGUCCAGAUCGAGGAUGGAAAGGAGGUCAACGUUGUUACAAACAGAGACAGCAAUGGCGGAGGUCCUGUCAAGCUUCCUCGUGAGCUUGUCACCACUGACAACUCGGGUGCCAAGUUGACCAUUUCCUUCAAGGGUGGUGAUCAGCCCUACGAGCUCAAGUCGGAUAUUGGUGGUCUGACUCAGGAAUGGUCCAUGAAGCAAUGGGGCAACAAGAUUGCCAACGGUCCUUGGUGCAAGAUCAUCAAGAACACCACAGGCGAGAGCGUAGUCAAGAGGUCUGCGGAGUGUCACUACCGCGCUUUUGGCCAGUAGAGACCUUCAAGUUACCCGAAUACCCCUUUCUGCCCCUUUUCAGCACAUUCUGAAUGAUGCGAAAGUCCUGAACUCGGAGAUUUAAUGGAACACACGGAAACGGCAUUGCAGAGGAUCAGCAUAAGUAGCCGACAUAGGUACCAUGUCCGCUGUGGUGAGGCAGAGGAUGGCAC